GAGUAUUGGAUUUAUCAUUGGUUAAAUGGUCACGAGGAAUGCCUCGUGAAAUAACAGACUUGGUUCAUUUGAGAUACUUGGCUUUAAGUACCAUUAGUUCUCUUUAUGAGUUUCGAUUUUUCAAGCUUAAGAAAUUGGUAACCUUCAUAGUUACUUCAUGGAUGGAAAAAUGUCCAUUGCAACUGCCAUGUGAUAUUUUGGAUUUGCCACAAUUGAGGCAUUUGCAUGUUGACAAGAGAUGUUCACAGUAUCUCCCUUGCUUAGUCAAAAAAGAUCUACAAACUCUUUAUUGGUUGAAAGUUGCUAUCUCUGAUGCAAAUCCAAACUUCGAAAUGGUUCCAAACCUAAGGGAACUUGGGAUUUUCAUUGAAGGCCAAUUGGCGCCUAGCUAUCUAGGGAGCCUUGUGUAUUUACAUCGACUUGAGAAGUUGAAGUUUGAAGUAGGAAGAGUUGAGCAUUUUUAUCUACCAACAGGUUUUCCACCAAACCUUAAGAAGUUGACACUUCGUUAUACUUAUCUUCCAUGGAAGGAGAUGGACACAAUUGGCAAGUUGCCGCACCUUGAGGUGCUUAAACUAAAAGAUUUCGCCUUUUGUGGCCCAACGUGGGAACCAUCGAAACAGGGCUUUCGGAAAUUAAAGGCACUUCUUAUUUCAUGUUCAAAUCUCAAACAUUGGAAUGCAAGUUCUAAUCAUUUCCCAGUUUUGGAGCGCCUCGUUUUAAGAUAUUGUUGGGAAUUGAAACAAGUUCCAAUUAAGUUUGCAAAAAUUGGAACAUUGAAUUUAAUUGUUUUAGAAUGUUGUUAUUCUUCUCUUGUGUCUUCUGCAAUGCUGAUUUCUUCUGCAAAAAGUGGAACAUUAAUGGGAAAGGCUCCACUUCUUGUUCGUAAAGUUGGAACUAAGGUUGAAUUGCCUAUUAUUGAAAGUUCUGAAGAAGAAAUGAUGAAAGCUGAUAAGAGUGUGCUAAAAAAUCUGAAGAAGUUAUUCUGGUGAAUGCAUUGAAGAAGAAAGAGCCCGAGGAAAGGUUAUUCUGAUGUGUUAUUGCAAUUGAAUUUGAACUUCACUUUGUGUUUCAGCUUGUAAGUUUAUUGCUAAUGUUGAUAAAUUUAGGGACUAAUUGUCCAGUCUAAUCCAGAUUGGUGGGAUGGUGAUCUCUCUUUGGUUGGGAGAAAACAAACAGAAAGUAUUAUUUUUGGUUUCCAUUUGAUCUAAACAAUUUCAGCUGUGUGUGUUAUGAUGUUUUUUCUACUCCAA